UCCUAAGUCUCCGUUUAAUUCCCAACUUCCAGCAGAAAACACAUGACCGACCACAGGGCUGAAAACAACAUAGGUCUGCUGCGUUUGCCAACAUGAUCCAAACACGGACUUUUUUACUCUCUUUUGUUUUCUUUGUCUUCACUUUUUCGGUGGUUGUUGCUCAGACGGCCAAAAGUCCAGUAACAAACUGCACUAUAAAAUCCAACACAACUUGUGAAGAUUGUUUGAAGAUUGUUUCGUGUUUGUGGUGCAUCUCAAGCCAGAAAUGCAUUGACUAUCCAGUGAACAGCGUUCUGCCCUCUCAUAGUGUUUGUCCACUUUCAGAUGCACGAUGGGGACUGUGUUGGAUGAAUUUCCAGAUUCUCAUCAUUACUAUCUCUGUGAUCGCGGGAGUGAUUGUCAUCGCCAUAUUCGUCUGCUGUUUCUGCUGCUGUAAAUGUGAAAACAUUGGGUCUAAAAGGAGUGAGGAGCGAAUGGAGAAUCAAGCUAGUCUGAGAAAGUUUCGUCAUGAGGAGAGGAAAGCAGAGAUGAAGCAGAGACAUGAUGAAAUGCGAUUGAAAUAUGGUUUGAAGAAGGAUAACCAGUACUCCAGAUUUGAGAACAGCUAGGCAGCUUGUGAUGAUGCUCAGCUGUUGUCUUCUAUUUUAAACUCAACUCUUCAGCACUCCUUUUUUGAAGAGCAAAUUUGAUUCAGUCAUACCUGUAUAUUUAUCAAAUCUAUAAGCAAACCACAAAAAUAUUUUUUGUAUUUAUUGAAGCCUUUAGAUUGAAGGGUAAUGAUGACUUUUGCAAAUCAAACUAAGCAUCCACAUAAAUUGACAACAUAAAUGUAAUACUACAGCAACACUGAAAGCUACCUUUAUUUUCCUCAAACUAAUAAGCUUAAUUAUUAAGGACUUCAAUAGAAAACCAUUUUGUUCAAAGAUUUUCUCUUUUCACAUUUUCAUACAUGCUUAAGUGAAAUUGAUUUAAUACUACUUUUUUGGCAUUUUGAUAUAAUGUUGCAUUGAAUGUUUUAAUCUCUAGCUUAUCGCCAAAGACUUGAUUUGUUUUGUGAUUUGUUUUGUGCACCUUUCAAAGUCGAAUAAACUUGAAAAAUACAUUUUAAAAGUGAA